AUGCUUCACAUCCACGAGUGGGGGUCGCUGGCUUUUAGGCACGAAGAGGUACGCGCCCGGUCGAACAAGUUGGCGGCCAGGGCCAAGAAAAUGUACCUAGUAGGCUACAACUCCAAGGGUAGGUCGUAUCGACUUUGGGACCCUUCGGAGCCUCUCAAAAUCACCAACUCCGUGGAGGUAUCGUUCCGUGAGAAGGAGAUGCGCGACGGGCUCAAGCCCAAACUAGGGCAAGAUCCUCUCCCCGCGCCUAACUCAACAUUCUAUCGGCCUGGUCUGGUAGACUCUAUCGAAGAAGAAGAAGAAAAUAACGAAGAAUCAUCCGACGAAUCGGAGCCGGAAGCACCGGCACCUCGCCGCAGCAGCAGGAACUCCGUGGCGCCGCAACGGUUGAAUCUGUUUACGAAAGAACAGGCGUACGAGAGGACCGAACAUGCUAUGGUGACUGGAAGUGACUUCGGCAACCUCGGGAGAGGCAGUCCCGGGGAGGUGGGCUACAUGCUUGCCGAUCCUGCCACUUACGAUGAAGCGAUGAGUGGACCGGAUGCAGCACGCUGGAGAGCGAGCAUGAACGAUGAAGAGCAGUCGCUCUACGACCACGACGUGUUCGACUGGGUGCUUCCGCCCGAAGACGCCCAACUUCUUCCGACUAGGUUCCACUACAGGUGGAAGUACAACCAAGAACAUGUGCCAGUUCGCCCGAAGAGUCGCGUGGUGGUGCAAGGUUUUCACGAAGCUGACACGGGAGCGGAUAAGGCUGCACCGGUGGCGUCUAUGGAAUCUGUCCAUCUAGUGGUUUCCCACGCUGCUGGUUUUGGCCAAGCUCUCAGGCAGGCCGACAUGAAGACGGCUUUUCUCAACUCCAGGAUGUCCAAGAAAGACAAACCUAUCUACGUAAUACCUCCGAAGGGGUUCACGUGCUCGCAGGAGCAAACAAAGCUGGUCUGGCGACUUAAGGCGUGGCUGUACGGCCUACGCCUCUCUCCGAAAAGCUGGAAUGGGACGUUUCACCUGUUCCUGCUGGAGAUCGGGUUCGUCCCGAGCACCGCCGAUCCGUGUCUGUACACGUUGAACGGGGGAGAGGUCAUCCUGCUCGUCGACGUGGACGACAUCCUACUUACCGGAGCCAAAGAGGAGCUCGUGACGACCAUUAUCGAACAGAUGAAGGAGCGCUUUGAGACGGUGGACCUGGGAGAAGCAAAGUUUAUCCUGGGAAUGGCCAUCCAGCGCAACCUCGAAGCGGGCACCAUCCUACUGACGCAAGAAGCUUACACCAAGGCCGUGCUUGCUAAAUUCGGCAUGGCUGACGUGCGCGCGACGGCAACGCCGGCCGAGAAGGAGCCGGUUACGACCAAGGAAGAAAAUGCUCUGUCGCCGGAGCAAACUACCAUGUUCCGGUCGGCUACGGGUUCGGUCCUAUACAUCAGCAGGGGAUCGAGGCCAGACAUCUCUCACUCGGUGCUGGUACUCACGAAGAGCAUGGCUAAACCAGGACCGAAGGCGCUUGCCAAACUGAAACGACUCAUGCGCUACCUGAAGGGGACGACCUCUUUGGGCAUCACCUACCGCAAGGACGCGCAAGGCGGAGAUAAACUAACCGCUUACGUCGACUCUGACUUCGCAGGCGAUCUUGACGAUCGAAAAUCGACUACUGGGGUCGUUCUUACCCUCGCAGGUGGCCCGGUGGACACGACAAGUGUAAAGCAGACGGUCACUGCCACGUCGUCGGCUGAGGCAGAAUACGUCGCAAUGUCCAAGGCGUGCAAAAUGAUCCUACACUGGCGUCAUCUUCUCAAGACCAUCAAUCGAGAGCAGACGGAGGCUACGGUGUUGUUUGAGGAUAGCACUGCUGCCAUAUCGACUAGUGAAUCGAACAAAGUAACGCAGAAAACGAAGCACAUCGAUGUCAAGCAUCACCACGUAAGGUCGCUGAUCGUUAACAAGGUAGUGGAGGUAAAGAGAAUCGACACCAACCUCCAGAAGGCUGACAUGUUGACCAAGAACCUAGGAACGGUUAAGUUUCUCAACAACCGUCGCCAGCUUCUAGGAAUGUAGUCACCUCCCCUCUUGGUAAUCUUAAGGGUUGAAUGUUGAAGGAAACUCGGGAGAUCUGUGUAAGAGGAAUGUUUUCGCUGCUUGUUGAAAUGGCAGGUAAUGACUAGUUAAUUUUGAGUUGAGAUCGCAAGUACUCGUGAGUUGUUUUCGAGAGGACAUUAUUUUGAGAGGACGUCGAGAGAAGAUUCGAGUCUCAUGUAUCAGAAUGACGUACGUUCUUGAGAGGACAUGUUGGGGUGUUUGCUGUGCAAGACCGACUCUAUUCUGCAGUAUUUGUUUGAUACGGUAUUGUGAAGGCGUUCUGUUUUACUGUCACCGUCAGGUGCAGACAGUCCAGGCGUCUGUGUGUGGAUAAUAAAUCACUCUUUUUGUUUUGUCUACCAAGCCUCUACCACAUACGCCAACCAGCGUACUACAGCUGUGGUACCUCCCAACACGCCCUGCUACA